AUGACAGAAGAAGGUGCUAAUGGCCGUCAAACGGAGGAUGAUGGCAUGAGGAAAAUUCCGUUGGCUAUUGAUCCAAACCUCAUCAGACUAAUUCCUUCGUUUGUCCCUCCAGCAAAUGAUCAAGAUGCGGAAGAGAAGAUCAGUGAGGAAGCUCAGAAAUCCAUGAGUUCUGCUCAAUCGCUAGUUAACAAUCCGUAUGAAUCAUUUGGAAGCAUGCCGUUGGACCAGUUAAUUCCUAUAAUAUUACAAAGUCGAGGAAUUGGAUCCAAAUUUGCUGAUCUUUCAGAGGACACCUUAAUGGAGGAAAUCGCAAAGGAGUCGAAUACUCAAGUAGAUACUGAUGGCGAUGUAAAUAUGGAUAACACAGAAUUUGCUUCGGACGCCGACCAACAAGCAAUAAAGCCGCAACAGAUCGAAGAUUCUUCACCAGAAGACGAAGAAUCGCACGUUACACAAGAGCAGUUUCAGCAACUCAAGCUCAACACCGCCCAAUCAUUAAACCUGGCUCUUAAUGAGUCCUCCCUGGCUCUGGAGUUUGUGUCUCUUUUACUAUCAUCGGUGAGACCUUCAGCGGCCAAUGCAUCAAUGUCUCCUUUUCUAAAAAAAACUGUUCCUCCUGCCUCUCUAAACGCGGAGAAGAUUCCUGCCGAAAAACCCAAAGAUACAGAAAUAUUAGAUAGGAAUCUAGUGACAAAAGGCUGGAAACUGAGAAGUUUAGAAGAAUCUCGAAUUUUACUCAAAGAGACGCACAAGGCUUUGGAAACAAGCCUAGAAACUGAACACAGCUACUGGUCCAAAGUUGCGCACUACAUCUCUAAAAAGGACGUAGUAUUUAAGAUGAAGGACAAAGAAACCGGAGAGAAAUCUCUUGGAUUGAAAUACGGCUAUGAAGAUUCUGGUUCAACCUACAGGCAGGAGCGAGGAAUUGCUAUCUUGAGACAUAAUGCCAAUAAAGAUAACUUGGAGGUAAUACCGUCCGAAAAACGACAGCAAAGUGCGCUGGGGAAGGACAAUAGUGAGAAGUUUAUGCGGGUGCGUAUAUUCAACAAGAUUCAAGAAGAAGAUGAUUAUGUCUUGAGUGGAGAAACUUCCCUCGAAGAUCUACUGGUUCCUAACUCAAUAACGGCAGGAGAGAACGAUAUUCGGCGUCAGAUUUCAAAGCUUCAAUUCAUUAUAUUUGAGAAGGAACUUAUGUUUCAUCUCAAAAAAGAAUCUGAGAAUUUGAUAUCCUAUGGUGUCACUAUCGAAAAUGAGAACAAGGUGACCGUUGAGUUCCCUACGGAAAAAAUGGAAUUUGAGAUGAUGAAACUGAAUGACGACCUGAUUAUGAAUCAUCAACAAGAUGCUCCGAAAACCAAUGAUAGAAAGGCUUCUUUGAUUUUGGUGAUGCUCAGACUGCUAUUAGUUGUCAUGUUCAAAAAACAGUUAAAGAAAAAGCUCUUGACAGGUCAGAAAGAUUUCAACGCUAAUUCAAAAGUUUCCAGGUUUCCUGAAAGCGAGGCGUUGCUACUGCGACCAAUUAUGGGGAAGUUUAGACAUGGCAACUACUUGAAUUUACUACAAAAAGUUAUAGAAACUUACAUUUUGGAAGAGGUUGAAGGCUCCACAGUAGUUCGAGUGGCAUUGGGGAAUUUCAGAUCAAAUGAGGACUAUGAUGAACCUACAUAUGACAAGCACAUUGUGAAGCUCGAUAGAGAAAUAAGACUUUUCGAUCAGAUCUUACAGACGCCUCGUACCGACCUACUUGUAUCAUUACCAGCCUCUGGGAAGAUCGAAUUCAGCUUACAAAGCUCAAAUUACUGCAAUGCCACGACUAGCGUGAAGUACAUUGAUGCAACGGAUUCAACGGUAUUUGACACUAAAUUCUCGAAUUUCAAAGAGUUAGAGGAUUUCUUACAUUUCAUUGUGAGUGAGUAUGUCAAAAGCAAUACGGCGCAGGUUUGA